AGCAAAAAAUCAGAAGGCCGCACAACGUUGGCAUGGCACGAGGAGCAGAAACGUUCCAGAUAGUGAUAAGGCAGCAUCUCCUUCGUGACGAGGCAUCCGCGAUCGUGUUCAACUCGACCGUGAUCGUGCCCGUGGUCAACACGAUCUCGUUCGGUGCGAGAGUGACAGGCCAGCUCGAUCGUGUUCGACUCGAUUGUGAGUCCAGGCUUAUCGUGCUCGACUCGAUCGUGUCCAACUCGAUUAUGAUCGACUCGAUCUCAUUCGACUCGAUCGUGCUCGAAUCGAUCGUGUUUGACUCGAUCGUGUUCAACUCGAUCAUGAUCGACUCGAUGGCGGUCCACUCGAUCGUGUUCGACUCGAUCGUUUUCGAGUCGAUCGGGAGUCCAGGCGAUCGUGUUCGACUCGAUCGAGUUCAACACGAUCGUGCUCGACUCGAUCGUGCUCGACUCGAUCGUGCUCGACUCGAUCGAGUCGAACACGAUCGAGUCGAACGCGAUCGAGUCGAUCAUAAUCGAGUCGGACACGAUCGAGUCGAACACGAUAAGCCACGAUGGAGGUCGAUUCGUGUUGGAUCCGAUCGUGUUGGAUCGUGUUGGACACGAUCGUGAGUACAGGCAAUCGUGAGUACAGACGAUCGUGAGUCCACAUCAAGUCGAUCAUAAUCGAGUCGGACACGAUC